GUUAAUGAUUUAUAUCUUACAGGUCCCCCACGAACCCACGUCUCAAUUCUCUCCUCUGUCCCAAAAACGGUCUUUCCGGGUCUGACACGCACACCACAUAUCCAAAUCCAGCACAAUAGAAUCUAUUUUCCUCUUUCCCUCUCUCUGACUCAAUCCCCCUUGUAGCAGUCCAACAUAGGUGGAAGGCUGGAAGCAUUCAGUUUCACCUUAACUGAGACUGGAAUAGACACAGGGAAAUGGAGCUAGUCCCGUACUCUGACCGAAAAACCGAAAAUCCAAGUUCCACAACCCCACCAUGGCAAGAUAUGUUCCGUACCGCCUCAAUCCGCAAACCCUCUCCAUCCUCGUCUCCACCUCCUCAGCCCCACGCGCCACCACAACCUCACGAGCCUCCACCACCAAACCCAAAUCACUCCCUCUCCGGAGACCCCCAGGUCCGGCUGGCCCUCUACAUCGCCAUGGCCCACGCCGGUGUCGCCUUCGCCAUCUUUAUCCUCUACUUCAUCUGCAAACUCCUCGGGGAGUAUCUUCGCCCGAUUCAGUGGGCCGUGCUGUGCUCCAUUCCUCUCAGAGGCAUUCAACGAACGCUCGUCUCCUUCUGGUCGGAACCCUUGAAUCUCGGACUAACCGAGACCAUUUUCGCCGUCCCAGUUGCCGUUUUUAAAGUCUUCGUCCAUACCCUCGUCGAAAUUCGCCACCUUUGCUUCCGGAUCCUCAGAAGAAAGCCGAAAUCCGAGACCCCAAGACGGAACCGUAGUGGCUUCUCGAAGCUACUGAGAUUGCUUUUGUCGUUUGGGAUAUUCAUCAUUGCUUAUGAGACAUUUGGAGGAAUUAUGUCUCUGGGCUUGAUCGGACUAGGGCUCGUGUUUAGCUCCAGGAAAGUGGAUUCGACAAUGUCGGCCUUAUCGUCGUUUCGGAGCAAUAGCUUUCGCCGUAGUCCAGUCAGUACGUUCUUCACUCGUGGAAUAUUGAAGAGGCUGAAAACCAUUGUGGCAAUUGGCCUGAUUGUUGGAAUGAUUAUUGGGUUUUUAGUUGGGGUCAUGUUCUUCUCUUACAAGAUUGGGGUCGAAGGAAAAGACGCGGUGAUUUCUCUGAAACUACACGUGGAAGAGAGCAACUAUGCUGAGAAGAUUGGCGUGAAGCAGUGGAUGGACGAGAAUGAUGUGCCCGGAAUGGUGGAUAGGUACACUACUACGUUCUAUGAGACUGUGUUGGAUCAGAUUGAUAGUUUGGCAAUGCAGUAUAAUAUGACCGAGCUUGUGACUGAGAUCAAGCAUUUCGUGAUAAAGAGACCGGCUAACUCUUCGGCGCCUUCAACAUCUUUAGCUAGUCCUUCGCCAUAUACAGAGAAGUUUUUGAUCUUGAGAAAUAGGAUUAGCAAUAGGGAAUGGGGGCAGAUAUAUAAAGAGUUGGAUGAGAUGUUUAGGGAAUUGAUAAUCACCAGGGACGAUUUGGUUGUGAAGGCCAAAGAGUUUGCGGUUAGAGGGGUGGACGUGUCACAACGUGUGUUUGCUAGCAGUAGAACCGUGUUAGGCAGCAGUGCAAAGCUUGUGGUUUCCAUUGGGAGUUCGAUUGUAUCUGGGGCUGCAGAGGUUUUCAAUUUCGUAUCUCAGUCAAUGGUGUUCUUCUGGGUGUUGUAUUAUCUGAUCACGUCGGAGUCUGGUGGGGUGACUGAACAAGUUAUGUGCAUGCUUCCUAUGUCAAGUUCGGCAAGGGUUAGAUGUGUUGAAGUUCUUGAUAAAGCAAUUUCGGGUGUGCUUUUGGCUACGGCUGAGAUUGCCUUUAUUCAAGGAUGUCUCACCUGGCUUUUGUUUAGACUAUGCAAUAUACAUUUCUUGUACAUGUCGACAGUACUUGCAUUCAUCAGCGCUCUGUUGCCAAUCUUUCCAGCUUGGCUUGCCACAAUUCCAGCAGCUCUGCAACUGUUAGUGGAAGGCAGAUACAUAUUAGCCAUUAGUUUGUCCAUUGUUCAUCUUGCGCUUAUGGAUUAUGUUUCAUCCGAAAUUCAGGAGGACAUACCUGGUCAUAGUGGUUAUCUUACAGGGCUUAGCAUCAUUGGCGGAAUGACAUUGUUCCCUUCUGCAUUUGAGGGAGCAAUUAUGGGUCCGCUGAUCACUACAGUUGUGAUCGCUUUGAUAGAUUUGUAUGCAGAGUUUUUUUUGGAAGAACAUAAGGAAAAGGAUAAGUAGAAUGCAAAGGAAGCCUCUGCCAGUGCCUACUUUGUAUGUAGUUGAUUGGAGUACCUGGGACGGGUUGGAACACACUACAAGGGUCGAUGCUCGAACAUGAUCCUCUUUGUUCUCAUUUUCGAUCAAAUCAUGUGUUAUUCAAGAUUUGCUAUUAGGAUGUUGUUUUUACUUCCAACCCCCCCGCCCCAAGGAAAAAAGAAAAAGAAAAAAAGAAGGCCGUCUCCUUGUUGACAUUUCUGUAACAUUUGAUGGAUCAUCGUAUUCUUUCUGUUUGCAGCAGCUUGUUAAAGUGAAAAGUUGUAAAUUAUUCAUCCAUGUAACUAUCUAAGAUUGUGGUUUGUUCA